AUGUCGGAAGAAAAGAUUCUCAUUGGUGUGGCUUCGGCCUUUUCCAUACUGACCAUCGUCGCCUGCCUGAUCGUCGUUCCAUCUCUGUACAACACCAUUAAUGAGAUGCACGACCAGGUUCUCGAAGGAGUCACUAAAACGAAUUCGUCCAGUAACCAGACCAUGUCGGAAGAAAAGAUUCUCAUUGUGUCGGUCGCUCCUCCUUCCAAGCCCCGUGAGAAUCCCUUCAAUUCUAUCUUCCGUAUCAAGAGGCAGGGUGGUCUCCCCUCAUUUUGCCAGUGCACACCACCACGAGUCAACUGCCCACCUGGACCACCAGGACCACCUGGCCGACCAGGAGCACCAGGACAACCAGGAGCACCUGGACAACCAGGCAAUGACGCCACAGCAACCUAUGCUCCAAUCAGAUGUCCCGGUCGUAGCACUGCUUGUGUUCAAUGCCCAGCCGGUCCUCGAGGACCACCAGGACCAAGUGGAGCUCCUGGAAACAGAGGACCCAAUGGAAGACCUGGAAACCCAGGAGGACCCGGUAACGCUGGCCAGCCAGGUCCUGCUGGUCCUCGAGGAGACGCCGGAGCCCCAGGAAGACCUGGAUCCGCUGGACCGCCUGGACAGCCUGGAAGACCAGGUACUUCUGGUAGAGGCACGCCAGGAAGACCAGGACCAGCAGGUAGUGUCGGUGCUCCUGGAAAUGCAGGACGCCCUGGAACACCUGGAAAUCGUGGAAACGAUGGGCGUCCUGGUCCAGCCGGACAGCCUGGAGGGCGCGGGCAACCCGGAAGAGACGGGCGACCAGGAAACCAAGGAAACCCUGCUCGUCCAGGUAGUGAUGCAGCUUACUGCCCAUGCCCACCCAGCUACAAUCCUCGUGUUCGUGUCUAA